GCGAGCGGACCGAGUGGUUGGUGUGUUUCCUUAACCGAUAUUCACAACGUGUGGCGGGCAAAUGCUUUUCCUUCCCCAACUUUAUUAAAUGCCAAUUACCAAAUUAAAUCAUAAAAUCCCCAGUUCCAAAAUUAAAUUCCUCAAAAAUUAUAUAAACGAGCGGAUCAUUACCCAGAAAUUAUAAUUUAAUUUCACAGCGGUCCACUCCACACUCUCAUCAGUCUCAGAGGCCAUGACUCUGCAACUCCAAGCUCUGUCGUUCGGCGCCAGCAUUGCGUCCUUCGUUUCUCCUCUCAACCGCUCCACGCGCCGCCCUGUAAUCAUAGCCAAUGCGGAGCCGUCAGAUAAGUCGGUUGAAAUCAUGAGGAAGUUCUCUGAGCAGUAUGCUCGCAAGUCCGGAACAUAUUUCUGCGUCGAUAAGGGAGUUACUUCUGUUGUUAUCAAGGGAUUGGCAGACCAUAAAGAUUCAUUGGGAGCUCCGCUCUGCCCUUGUCGGCAUUAUGAUGAUAAACCUGCCGAGGCAGGCCAAGGCUUUUGGAACUGCCCAUGUGUUCCUAUGAGAGAGAGGAAGGAAUGCCACUGCAUGCUCUUUCUCACUCCGGACAAUGAUUUUGCCGGACCGGAACAGGCAAUCUCCCUGGAAGAGAUCAAAGAAUCAACAGCAAACAUGUAAUAAGCUUUAGUGCGUAUGAACAAGUAUGUGUAAACAGUCCACUUCUGUAUUUGUAAAAGAAAAAUGAAAAAAAGCUCAUAUUUUGAAUCUCUCCUUCA